AGAGCGAGCAGUCAUACGUAGAAAAUUUGGAAGAGAGAUGGCCUCCAAGCGUCACGACAAUGGCGCAGUUGACGCUCCCCCUAAGAAAAAGAAAAGUUCUAAGUUCGAUACAAUGGUAAAAGAACUGUCGCAGGCAAAUUUCUCAAAAGCCUUACUUACGGAAGAGUUAGCUAAAGCUCAAGAAACUAUCCGCUCUCUUCAAGCCAGUCUGUCUACCGCAAGAAGCGAGAUCGAAGAAGUCAACAGUGUGGAGUUUGAGAAUGACCUCGGGCCCAGCAGCACGAAACAUCACUCUAAGCACCAAAACGAUUCUACAGGCGAUUUGUCCCGGUUUGUCUCAUCCAUGAAUCAAAUGUCAGUGGCAUCUGUUAGUGAACCAGAGUGCAAACCAAGCGUUGAAGGCGAAGAUAUUUCGAAAUUAGAUUUUGAGUCUUGGUUGGACUUACUAAUGAACUCGUUAUUACUAGCUGGCAUUACGGAUGAGGCAACGCAACAAAUCGUAUUCAAAGUAAAAGCCGGGCAGAAACUCCUAGAAAUAUAUAGAUCUACAGAGUCACCCGGUGAUGCUCCCAAUCAGGAAACGCAUCCUUUCUCUAAUGCAAUGUUUCGUCUAAAGAAGUACUUUGCUUCCAUCUCAGAUGUGAUGCUUCAGCGCAGAAGACUCACUCUUAUGUCACAGAAGCCGGAUGAAUCCGACCUGGCAUUUAUAAGAAGAGUAGGGAUAGCGGCAAACCAAUGUGAAUAUUCAGAAGGGAAGCGGUUUGAAAAGAUAUUGAACACGGUAGCCAAACAAGCGAACCAUAAGGAGGUGAGAAUUGCAGCAUUGAAAAUGAUGAGCCGUAAAGCAUCUCUAGCUGACCUAAUUGACAAAGUUCGCGAAAUAGAAACAAUACGCCUUAACGAAGAAUAUGUCGCAAAAAAGCAAGCAAUCUCUGCUACAACGGUGGCAUCGAUAAAUGCAGUUCGAACUGCCACCGGACCAUUACAAUAUGGUGCCAAUCGCUCAGGCUGCAUAGUUAAAAGUUUUACACAAAGAAAUAGCUUUAGAGGAACACGCGGACAGCGACCAUUUCGAGGUGGCAACGCUUGGCGAAGAUCGAACUCUCAGAUCCCGGAACGUUGCACUCGGUGCAAUAGUGUUUAUCACUCUGCGGAAAGAUGCUUUGCAAUUGAGAUGACUUGUCAUAAUUGCGGUGGCAAGGGUCAUCUUGCGAGAGCCUGUACCUUACCGUUGGCCGCGGGGGCUAACUGGCAGACAAAUUAUCGAAAAACAGACGAUAAUUCGCUGGAAGUGGCAGUGAUCGGCGCUUAAGCAGAGACAACAUCCGAGAAAAAAAAAGACGAAAGACCUAUGCUCCAGUCACUAAGCGUUAGUUCAAACAUGCUUCCGGCUGUCUCAGGUAGAGACAUGGACGGUGUAAUAAAGGUUAGAAUAGCCGGAAUGACGUGUGA